CAAAUCAAAAGUUGACAAAAAAACAUUGAGAGAGAAAGAUAUUAAUUUCAUUUAAAUUAGAGAAAAAAUACAUAUCAUAUCAUAAUGUAUAUCUUUCUGGAUACUUACAGAUCUAUUAUUUAUUUCAAUUACUAUUUUAUAUAUUACAAAAUCCUUUAAUAAUGAUAACAAUGAAAUUACUACUCCUAAAGCAACAAACCUUCAUCCCUAUAAAGUAGACGUAGCGACAAAACCUAUACACAGGGAGCAUCUUCGUUCAAGCUAUAACAAAGUUAGUUCAUUUGAAAGAUAGAUAUGAUUCAGUUCAAGGAUAUAGCUUUUCAAGUCAAGAGAAUAGCCGCUAAAAGAGUAUCGCGUUUAAGACACAUAGUCAACGUACGAAAGGGUCACUUUACGGUAUACGUUGGAGAAGACGAGGAAGAGACGAAGAGAUUUGUGGUUCCAAUAUCUUACUUAAAACAUCCUUUGUUCCAAGCUUUGUUGCGUCAAGCCGAAGAUGAAUUCGGCACAGAUCAUAAGAGUAAAUCCCUCACGAUCCCUUGUCCUCACCAUGUCUUUGUUGACGUCACUUCUCGUCUGAAUCGUUUUAAACUUGUUAGUACCUAAAGUAAUAAGUUAGCCUAAGGUAUUAGUAUAUAUUUGGUUGGUUUGAUGUUCCGUUUCGUAAGGGGUUUAUAUACUUAUGUUACUGCGAGGGCUUAAGCAACAGUCAAAUCAAAACCAAAAUGUAAUGAAAGAAAGAAUUGCAUACUUGGCUUGGAAGUUUCUCUUUACCAGAGAGAUGUCUGAGGCAUAUAAUAUAUAUGGAUAAUUCUUACUAUGCAGUCUAUGCUAAUGAGAUUUCACAUCCAAAGGCUAUAAUAAAUAGCUGUGAAUGUUAGAUCUAUCUCGUACGUUUAUUAACUUAUAUGUGAGUUUCUGGACUGUUCUAUAUGCAUGGGAUGUCUCUGUCUUUAAGAGAUGAAUUUCGUCGUACAUUCUAUGAUCAGUGGAAAUAUUAGAGACAAUUUUGUAAUAAUGAAAACAUUUGAAGAAAAUAAAAACCAUAGCACGAGCUACGUAUGACAAGACAACCUCUACACAUCCAAUUAAAUUAGUGUGUUCCCGUUACAAACAAAAGUCUAUAUAGUCUUUCAUAAUUUAUAUUUUUACCCCAAUACUUUGAAGUUGUUAUUCUAUUUUUUUUCUUUUGGAGGAGUUUCAAAAAUUGCAUGUUAUCCGUCAUACGAUAUCUAACAAAUGGAAUAUUAUUGUAUACGUGUAUCUAACUAUCUACAAUAGUUUUGUUGUUAUACAAUUACAAAUACAUGUUAGAAAUAAAUCUUACACUAUGAUAUAUGAAGUUCUUUCUUAUAUGAAUCAUUCCCAUAAAAAUGUCAUGUAGAACAAAAGUAAGCAAAGAUAUACGUACUUAUAUAUACAAUCAGUGGCGGAGCCAGAACAUUUUUUUAGAGGGAUCCAAAUAAUUUUUUUUCUUAAAAAAAAAA